AGAGGAGGAAAAAAAAGCAAUAAAUAGAUGGAAUGAAAACCGCAAAUCUGCAUCAAUUGAUCCUCUGAACCAACAACUUUUGGCAAACAUCCAGAUCAGAUCUCAAGUUCCAGUAAGGGAACGGGUCAAGUCUAGUCAAUGUUUGCACAAGAUCAAGGAAUAUUUAGACUAGGUAUGUUCUGUGGAAUGAAGCCAGGGUCAGGCAGAUGACAAGCUGACUCCAACUCAAAUCAGUGCACUUCCAAUUUAAACCAGUGUAAAAAUGACUCAAAUGUUGGAAUAUCUGUGAUUUAAUAGCUAUAACAAAUCUAAAUCUGAACAGAGCAAGCUUACCAAAUCAAAUCUGUAAUCAGAGAUCAUCAGAUUUCAUACUGGGACUGCAGAAAAACAAAUUAUCUGUUUUGUAUGUAUUGUUACAAAUCUGCUUUAUAUAUGUGUGUGUGUAUUAUAGCAAAAUAAAUUAUGGCAAUGUAAUAAUUAUUUUCAUAUAUUUUAAAUCACUAUUAAAUCUUUGUAACAUGCUGAUUUGGUUCUUAAAAAAAUUUAUCAGCGCAACCUUUAUCAACAAUACUCUGAUAUAAAGGAAUGUGAGGAAGCCAUCAUUGAUUUUUGGGUAUUUCAUUUAUUUAUUGUUGUAUAACAUACAACUUAGGCAAUCAACAUAUGUUGUCUUUAAAUAUGUAACAGUACAGCGGUCUCUAUCUAGAGGCAUCCUCUGCAACAGGAUCAUUAUAUCUGUAUAUCCUUAAUAAAAAUAAAGACAUAAAAUGUUCCUUGCCAGACAAGUGCGUAUAAGACCGUCAGGUUGACUUCAUGAUUUAUAUGGAAACUAUUUAUGGCAGCUGAUGGAAUGUCCUCAUAGGAACUUAAGACUGGCAUUAGCAACAAUUUCAUUCUGGCAACCUGGUACACAGAUUCAAAUUAAUUCACAGAAGAGAAAAUCUGUCUUUGUACAGUGUAUGUAAACAAACUGAACGAACAAAGGUAGCAGAGAAAUGUAACGCCCAAGUCAAGGGUGCAAUUAAUGCGGUAAAAAAAGUGUACUGAUCACUAAAACGGGUCUUAACGACACCCGUCCUUUGAGGCUGAAAAUAUGAGGCAUGAAGAGAGCACCCCAUGCAAGUGUGCUUUCAUCGGCCGGCUCAAGUCUGACAUCGCCCUAUUUUUAACCGGAGGUAUGACGUGUCAAAAUGGAGUACUCGGUUAUAUUUGGGUAGUUCCCCAGCAUUGGUGGACACGUCUUAAAAUCCCAAAAUUAUUUUUAAAAAACGCGCAAUUGAGCACAGAACCCCAUUUAAAGCGUUUAACUGAGCUUACAUCUGUGUGGAUUGUUUGUGUCUCAAGCCAUGCCAUCUUCUGUGGCUAUUUUCAUUUGUGUGGUAAAGUCACACUCGUAGAAGUGGGUUAAUCGCGACAUGGCAGUCAGAUACGUUUAUACUGCACGGCAUCAUUUACAAAAUGCUUUUUUUUUUUUUAACAAGUUUGUGCGUAUUCGGUCAACAAACCGGCCAAGUCAUCAGCUAGCCUAGCAUGCUAAGUGGGCAGCCUGAAUGACUAGCCGCAGAAAGAUGCGAUUGUUGCUGCAUCGCAGCGCUUUUAUAAAGUGACAACUGCAAAGAUACAUUUUUGUAAGCGCUGGGCGUUUUAAUGGACCGAAUGCGAACGGGUUUAGUGAUUGUUAGCGGUUUUAUCAGCGGUGUACUCCUGCGAAACCGUUUACAUGUCACGAUAGCCAACAGAACUGUCCCAAAUAGCUUGAUAUCAACAGUUAACCCCGCGCCUGGGGUGCAGUUCAACACAAAAGCUCGCGGUCGCUGGAAAGAACGCACACAAUAACGCUGUUUUGUCACUUUUUGAUUAAAAUCGAACACGCGCGAGUUCUACAAGAGUUGGCAGCCUUCGUCGCCACGAGCUUCGUUGCACACAAGUAUAACGCAGGUUAAACGAGGUCAAGAAAAUGCACUUCAAAAUAAAAAUAAAAAUAUCACUCUUUGAUCAAAAGAUUGUGUAAUUCUACACGUCAUCGCGUGCAUUUUGACAGUUUGUGUAUAGGAUUUUCCGGUCGCUUCCAUUCGCGGUUUCAGAACGUUUGCAUUCGUGCACCGAUAGAAUUUUCCGACACGUUCUAUUCAGGCCACUUGGUGCCGAGUUCGAAUAGGCGGUAAGCGCGAGCCCAGUCACUGCCAGGCCCACUCACAUGACUGUCAAAGAGCAAUAGGCCGCGAUUCGAGCUAAACUGGCAAAACGUGCGCCCCGAAACCACACUAAUAGCGACUCUGACAGCGAAAGCCAGCGAGGCUGACCGCGUCGCCCGAACGGAAUUACCACAGCAUUCGGGUACGUGCGAGAAAUAGGCAGUGGUGAAGUUUGUGAGAUUCGGCCGUCCAUCAUGGCGGACAGGAAAUAACAGAACAAGCUUAAGCUACGAGCAGGAACAUUCCACAGGAGCCGGUUCAUGUUGCUGUGGCAGCAACGGGGCAGAGCUAACAGGCUAUUCUGGAUCUCCGACGGCCGCGUUCAUUUUAAAAACGACCCAAACUGAGAGAUGGAACAGAAACAUCCAGUGCUGUGAGUCAGGGGACGAAGAGAAAGAUCAACCCAUCCUCUCCUGACAAGACAGAACACCCUUCUUUAACAUAACCUCAUCAAACCUCAGGCAGCCGUGCCAGCUAACAAGGUACAAAACACAUUUGUGGAUUACAUCUGAAACGCAUCUGAGUUCAAGUAGAGGAUACACAAGCUGUUUGCGAGUGAGAAUAAAAAGGCAACCGAAGCCCUUAACUCACAGCCAUCACAGGAAGCGCACAUUAGAUUUAUGACUUUGCAGACAACCAAAUUACACUGUCCCUCGCUGCAGCCCAGGAAGCCAGGACACAGCUUAGACAAUCCAUCUGGAUCAAAGUGUAGGAAACCAGGAAUGCAUUAUGAGUGGCCAAUGUUCAUCUUUACGAAUUAUACACUAUUUAUUUCUUUGUCAUCACAGUUCAUAUGGUUAUAGAAAACCCUUUUAUGCUGAAAUGGUUCUUUAUGCUUGGGACAAGGGUUCUUACGUCUGACUCUCUAAAACUUCCAGUCAAGUUUGUUGGAGCUAACAUCUGCAGAACAUUGGUCCUCCAAGGAGCAGGAUUGGACAACAAAGCCAAACAAGAAUAUUUUAGUCAAAAGUUGUUGUUGUAAAAAAACACCACUUUUUUGUUAAAUGUUCUUCAUGGAACCAUGGAUAGCAAUAAAGAACCUUUAUUUUUAAAAGUGUGUCCCUCUAUAGUGUUUUUUCUGAAUACAAUUAUGAAUGAACCCAUAACAUUGGGUUCAUUCAUAAUAUUGGGAAUGAUUCCAUAAUAUUUAUGAGGAGCAAGCAUCUGCAAUAUCAGUACAUAACUGUCAAAACCAAACGUACACACCUUGGAGUUACGUGCAACUGUCAGCUUUGCAAAUGCCAUUCCUCAUUUUCAGCACGGUUAAAUUGGAAAGAUCAGAUCCUGUGUGUUGAGGAGGUGUGUCAAAGCUCGUUGACUGAUGUCUACGCUUGCCUGGAGGGCACUUGUAAACACAGAAUACACCUUUGCUUAUAGGCAGCUGGCUCACGUGACGCAUCCACAGAUUGCCUUUAAAAACCUGUCUCGUCCUCUCCGAGACUGCCAGAUUUGAUCUAGAAGGUGAGGAGAGGAAUCCAACAUGCGCUUGUUUUGCAAAGCUAACUGUUUGUAGUUCACACAGGCCACAAGGACUCUCAUCUCUCAAACCAAAGCUAAGAUUUGCAUUUCGCAGAGGACAAAAAUCAACAACGAUGAGUCUGGGCAGCACCAGUACAGAAUCGGAAGUUUCAGAGGAUGAGUUGGAAGAUUGUCCCUUGGGUGAGGAUGACGACUGUGACGGUGAAAGCCCUGCAAAGAUUCGUUCAGAGCUUUCAGUGUCACCCACCCCGAAUGACACUGAGGGCAUCAAAGCGGCUAAGAGGCGGACCCGGCCCAAGCGGUCCAAAGCACGGAGAGUCGCCGCCAAUAUCCGAGAGAGGAAGCGUAUCCUGGACUACAACCAGGCCUUCAACGCCUUGCGCACUGUCCUCAAACAUGACCUCAGUGGAAAACGUCUCUCAAAGAUCGCUACUCUCCGCCGUGCCAUCCAUCGCAUUUCAACACUGUCUUUAUAUCUGCGGACACAUUCAGACGCUGAAGCGCACUCAUCUCCGUGUACCCAUACGGAGUGUUAUCGGCAGCCGGAAGACAACAAUUCUCUGCCCAGAAAGACGGGAAAUUUCCAGGAACCGAUGGAGAAUUACAUGCCCCAUCAGCCAGAGCCUCUCACAGUUUCUCCAGAGAUACCUCCAGGGACUUUGUACCAGGACAUAUCAAACCCUGUACCAUCUCCUCACUACAGCCACUGUGCAAACAACAGCCAUGAACGCUUCAGUCAACACUGGGAGGACCAAAGCAGUGAUUACUACAAUGGAGGACCUGGAUAUCAACAUGGGACAAGGGUCACCUGCCAUCAGAAUCAUAUGGACACUUAUGCAGACUCUGCUAACUCGUCUUUGGCUUGGCAGCUGGGCUACCUUCAAUAUCACGGAUACCAGCAAUCCCUGAGUAUGCACUGAGUUUUCUUGUGCUAGACACAAAGCUUUAGCAAUUUGUAAAUGUAAUAAUAUGAAGAUUAUGUUUGUAUCAGUUUCUCAGGUUAAAGAAUAUAUACUGUAUAUUACAGCAAAUGCCUUUGAAAAAAAAUCUUCUGUAAAUGUUUGUUUAUCGUACAUUCUAGAUUUUGUUAGUACUUAAUGAUUCAUAGCAUUUUUUCAUAUGCACAAAACCCCAAAUAAAGCAGCUUAUCAUAAACCUGACUCAAACCACUGAAAUUAUAAAUAUAUUUUAAAUGCAAUGCAGUUUA